UGCAUUAAGUGUUUAGACAGAGAUUCCUCAUUAUAUUUUUAUACGGAUAACAAAAUUAAUUGCUGCUUUGUAAAUAAUUAUGGAGCUUGUUAUAAACAAUCAUAUACUCAAGAAAGAAAUCUGAUUGAAGAUAUUGACAGCAAUAAUUGUAAGCUACUUGAAAAACAAACAAAUCUGAAACAAGAACAAAUUACUAAUAUAUGCACACACCAUCAUGAUAUGUUAGUUGUAAGAUAUGAGGGUAAUCAGAAAAGUUGCUGUAAUACAUUUCUGAGUCACCAAAAGGUGUGUAGAGCAUCUCUACGUGUGAUUACAAUGUAUACUGUGUUAAAAGCAGAAACCAUAGGUUUAAAUCUUAUACCUGGAAAAAAACUGUGUCCAACCUGUCGAAGUAAAGUUAUGACAUGUUUAUCAAAAAGUAUAAGUGAAAAUAAAAAUGAUGAAGAUUUUGAUAUUGUUAAUGAAAGAUCCAUUUAAAAUAAAAAAGAAAGUGUAGAUACACACUUUGCAUCUGCUGGAGUAUCUCCAAUUAAGGUCAAAGGAUUGCACAAGUCAGGUAAAAUCAGAGAAGGUAAACGAAAAUUGAUAGCAUUAACAACCUUUAUUAAAAAAAAGGUAGCCAUUUCCAUUAAUAUAUCAGAAGACAGUUUUGAAGAAUAGUCAAGUUUUAAUAAUGAGUAUAUGGAAAAAGCAAACUUGUUUAAUAAUAUGAUGGUAUUAUUAACUAACAAAAUUGCAGAGUCUACAUCAACAUCAAAAAGUACAACUUGCGACGCUUGCUCCAACAAACUGGUCAAUAAAAAAGGUAUCUGAAACAUUGCAUGUAACAAACUAUGUAGCUCGAACUGCACGUAAGUUAACAUUAGAAAAAGGUAUUUUAACCAUGUCUAAUCCUAAAUUAGGAAAAGCUCUUCCUGAUGUAACAGUUCAACUGGUCAAGACCUUUUACGAAGGCGAUGAAUAUAGCCGUAUAAUGCCUGGUAAAAAGGACUAUAUAAGCAUUAAGAAAAAUUCUACAUGCACAAAUGUUUGCUCUUAUGUAAUUUAAAGGAAUUGUUUGUUGCCUAUAAAACCAAGAACCCAGAAAUAAAAACAGGAUUUUCAAGGUUUUGCACCUUGCAACCUAAAUGGUGUAUUACUGUUGGUGCCUCAGGAACACAUUCUGUAUGCGUCUGUGCAAUUCAUCAGAAUUUGAAUCUGCUUUUACAUCCUCUUGGUGACAUACAAAGAAUUGUUACCUUAUAUUGUCUGUGAUAUAACUAAUAAAGACUGUAUGAUGAGGAAAUGUGAAAAAUGCCCAGCAACUAUAAAUGCAUUGGUUGAAAAACUUUAUGAUAUACUUG